CAUUCUUCUCUGGGCGCCGCCACCAUCACGCAGCCGCGUCCCACCCACAGUCUGCGCUCGCAGGGUUGGCUAUAAAUGAGCCGCGGUGGUAAACACGACCCCUCUUCCCCUUCCGGACGUCGCGGGGCUUUUCCUGUCGUCUUUCCCUUUUUACUUUCACUCUUCAGCGGGUGGAGUGUGUGCGAGCGGAGCGGGCUUCUGUUUUUGCGGGACGAAGAGCAGGAAAACGUCCUGAGUCAUGGCCGCCAUCAGCAGCUCUAACACGGCUUUUGCCUUGGAGCUGCUCCGCACUCUGAGCCAAGCCAACCCCACCGGGAACAUCUUCGUCUCCCCGCUGAGCAUCAGCUCAGCCCUGGCUAUGGUUUACCUGGGCGCUAAAGGAGACACAGCUGCUCAGAUGGCAAAGGCCCUCUCAUUCAGCUCUGGUGAAGGCGUCCACGCAGACUUCGAGACUCUCAAUGCCGACAUCAACUCACCACAUGCAUCAUACAUCCUGAAACUGGCCAAUCGCCUUUAUGGGGAAAAUACUGCCAACUUCCUGCCGGAGUUCCUCCAAGCCACUCAGAAGUACUACCACGCAGACCUGAAGGCUGUUGAUUUCGUCGGGUCUCCAGAGGCGUGCAGAGGGGAGAUCAACAGCUGGGUUGAGCAGCAGACAGAAAAUAAGAUUAAAGAUCUUCUGAAGCCAGGAACAGUCAGUACUAUGACAAGACUGGCUCUGGUUAACGCCAUCUACUUCAAGGGAAACUGGAACAGCCGCUUUGAUGUGGCCAACACCAAAGAGAUGCCCUUUAAAGUCAACAAGAAUGACACGAGGCCGGUCCAGUUGAUGUACCAGAUGAAGAAGCUGCCCUACAUUUACAUUCAGGAGCACGAACUGCAGAUCCUGGAGCUGCCGUACGUGAACGAGGAGCUCAGCAUGUUCAUCUUGCUGCCCCAGGAGUCGACAGACGGCUCUGACCCUCUGCUGAAGCUGGAGAACGAGCUAACACGGGAGAAGCUGGACGAAUGGACCAACAGGGAAUACAUGGAUGUCCACUCAGAAAUCUUUGUUCACCUGCCCAGAUUCAAGCUGGAGGAGGACUACGAGCUGAACGAGCCUCUGGCCAAACUGGGCAUGACAGACGUGUUCUGUGCUGCGAAGGCCGAUUUGUCUGGCAUGAACGGUAAUGCAGGACUCUUCCUGUCUACGGUGGCCCACAAGGCCUUUGUGGAGGUGAACGAGGAGGGGACGGAGGCGGCUGCAGCCACGGCAGGCAUGGUAGCUUUCUGUAUGCUGAGGGAGGAACACUUCACAGCAGACCACCCCUUCCUCUUCUUCAUCAGGCACAACAAGACCAAGUCCAUCCUCUUCCUUGGCAGGUUUUCGUCUCCUUAGGCGACAGAACCAGCAGAGGAAGACCCUGGACCAGCUCAAAUGAAAUAUGCAAAAUCCUUGAAGUGAAGAUUUUCUUUUCUGUGAUACUUUGUAGAUCUAAGACCUGUAUUUUUUUUGUCUGCUUUUGCACUGAAAUCAUAUAGCUCUUCAAGCAAUUAACGCGUGAGUGUGUUUGGUUGAAUAAAUAGGUAUUAUAAUACUGGAAUGACCUCCACUGAGCGGUCUGUGUAAGUGAAAAAUAAAGCAACAGGCUUUUAGGUUUUUGA